AGCAUUCUCCCAGUAGCCUGAAAUCAGUCCGUCAAAUCAUGCCUGCAAUUUAUUAACUUCUGUUGGAGUGUCUUUUUUUUUUGGCACGUUUCUCUCUCUCUCUCUCUCUUUUACUAAAAUUCAAAAUUCUUCGCGUUUACCAACUCUUAAAUAGCUAGACAUGAAUCAAGCCAAGCUGAAGGGCCUAGUGUUGGUUAAGAGGUCUUCCGCAUGGGGGCACCGCUUCCUCCAGACGAGUUGUGCGCUGUGCAAAACCCUUGAUCGUGACUCCUUCGCCAGCGGAAGCAGUGCCGCCUACAUCGAGAACCUGUAUAGCAAGUGGCAGCGCAACCCCAAGUCUGUAGAUGAGUCCUGGGAUGAGUUUUUCAGUGGCAAGGAGAGGUCGCUUUUGAAAAAGAUCCCGGUGCAGACAUUGCCCACCAGGAAGUACAGGCGUCUCCCAUUAGAAAUCAGGACAACGGUAAAAGCUCGUUCAGGCGAAAGAACGGCUUCCGACGGCGGUUCGCCUGCUCCAGCGGCACCCCCAGUAGCCCCAACAGCGGCACCUCCAGCAGCACCUCCUGGCGACUGGAAGAACAUCGAUGACCAUCACGCGGUGCAGGCCAUUAUCCGAGCCUAUCAGGCGCGCGGCCAUCUGGCGGCCGAUCUGGAUCCCUUGGGAAUUGUGGGACCCACUAAGACAUCUUCGGUAGACGGCACCCAGCGGCAAGCAGCAAAGGAGGUGCUCAGGCAGCACUACUCCUACAUUUUCGGCGAUCUCAAUGCUAUGUUCAAGUUGCCCUCCUCCACGAUGAUCGGUGGGGACGAGGAGUUCCUGCCUCUCAGGGAAAUUCUGGACCGCUUGGAGCGUAUCUACUGCGGACCCAUCGGUGUCGAGUAUAUGCAGAUAACGUCGCUAACCAAGACCACGUGGAUUCGCGAGCGAUUCGAAAAGCCAAAAGCCCUGGAGUGCAGCAAAGAAGAAAAGAAACUCAUCCUGGAGCGUCUGACCCGUGCCACGGGCUUUGAGAACUUCCUGGCCAAGAAGUUCACCUCGGAGAAGCGCUUCGGUCUAGAGGGAUGCGACAUCAUGAUACCGGUCAUUAAAGAGGUGGUGGAUAAAGCCACGAAAGGCGGUGUAGAGUCCAUUUUUAUAGGAAUGGCCCAUCGAGGGCGUCUGAAUGUCCUGGCCAACAUCUGUCGAAAGCCCAUGGCCGAUAUAUUGGCGCAAUUUCAUGGCUUGCAGGCGAGCGACGCUGGAUCCGGCGACGUAAAGUAUCAUCUUGGCUUGUUCCAAGAGCGGCUUAACCGACAGACCAACAGAAUGGUGCGCAUCACAGUGGUGGCGAAUCCCUCGCAUCUGGAACACGUCAACCCUAUCCUGCUGGGCAAGGCGCGAGCAGAGAUGGAGCAUCGUGGCGACACCGAAGGCGAAAAGGUGCUUCCCAUAAUCAUUCACGGUGAUGCCUCCUUCUCUGGGCAGGGCGUGGUUUAUGAGUCAAUGCACUUGUCUGACUUGCCUAACUACACCACGUACGGCACCAUCCACAUCGUGUCCAACAACCAGGUAGGCUUCACCACGGAUCCGCGUUUCUCCCGCUCUUCGCGAUACUGUACAGACGUGGCCAAAGUGGUGGGUGCCCCGAUCCUCCAUGUUAACGCCGACGAUCCGGAGGCGUGCAUCCAGUGCGCCCGCAUUGCCGCCGAUUACCGCGCCAAGUUUAAGAAAGACGUAGUCAUCGAUAUCGUCGGAUACCGUCGCAACGGGCACAACGAGGGCGACGAGCCGAUGUUCACCCAGCCGCUGAUGUACCAGCGCAUACGGAAGCUAAAACCCUGCCUAACGCUUUACGCAGAGAAGCUAAUCAAGGAGGGCGUGAUCACGGACAGCGAGUACAAGGACAUGGUCUCUAAGUACGACAAGAUCUGUGAGGACGCUUGGACCGAGUCCAAGAACAUCAAAACGAUAAAGUACUCCACUUGGAUCGACUCGCCCUGGUCGGCCUUCUUCGAGGGGCGCAAUCGCCUUCAGAUGGGUUCCACUGGCAUUAACGAAGAAACCCUCAAGAAGAUUGGAUCAAUAUUCUCCAGUUUACCACCGCCGGAGCACAAGUUUGAGGCUCACAAAGGUAUCCAGCGCAUCCUCUCGCUGCGCAAACAGAUGGUGGAUGAUAAGGUGGCGGACUGGUCUUUAGGAGAGGCCUUUGCCUUUGGUUCGCUGCUGAAAGAGGGUGUUCAUGUGCGUCUAAGCGGUCAGGAUGUGGAGCGUGGCACGUUCUCGCAUAGGCACCAUGUUCUGCAUCACCAAACCCACGACAAGGUGGUUUAUACGGCGCUGAACCAUCUAUACCCUGACCAAGCGCAAUACUCCGUCUCCAACAGCUCGCUGUCGGAGUGCGCAGUUCUGGGUUUUGAGCACGGCUACUCGAUGGCCAGUCCGAAUACGGUGGUAUUGUGGGAGGGUCAGUUCGGAGACUUCUGCAAUACGGCGCAGUGCAUUAUCGACCAGUUUAUCGCCAGCGGCGAGUCAAAGUGGGUGCGCCAGUCCGGCGUGGUGCUACUGCUGCCCCACAGCAUGGAGGGCAUGGGCCCGGAGCACUCCUCCGGCCGCAUGGAGCGUUUCCUACAGAUGAGCGACGACGACCCGGACAUCUAUCCAGACACUUGUGACUGUGAUUUUGUGGCGCGCCAGCUGAUGAACGUUAACUGGAUCGUCACAAACCUCUCGACGCCCGCCAACUUUUUCCACUGUUUGCGGCGUCAAGUAAAAAUGGGCUUCCGUAAACCGCUGAUCAACUUCUCACCCAAGUCCGUGCUCCGCCACCCGAUGGCCCGCAGUCCGUUUAAGGACUUUAACGAGGCCAGCAGCUUUCUUCGCCUUAUCCCCGAAAACGGACCCGCCUCCGAAAAUCCUGAGUCUGUUACCAAGCUUGUAUUCUGCUCGGGCAAAGUAUAUUAUGAUCUUUUCAAGGAGCGCGAUGACCACGAGCAGGUGAACACGGUUGCCAUUGUGCGGGUGGAACAGAUCUGUCCUUUCCCAUACGACCUUAUCACGGAGCAGUUGGAGCUCUAUCCCAACGCAGAGCUCCUGUGGGCGCAGGAGGAGCACAAGAACAGCGGAGCAUGGUUCUACGUACAACCGCGAUUCGACACCGCUUUAUUGAAUAACGAGAACGAAACGCGCUGCGUGAGCUACCAUGGACGAGCGCCUAGCUCUUCGCCAGCGACUGGCAACAAGGUUCAGCACUACAAAGAAUACAAGGCUUUCAUAGAGAGCAUCUUUGGCGAGCUAACUGAGGAGAACAAGGCCCGUCUCGAUUGCAUUAUUAAGGAGAAGCAGGCAAAGGCCAAGGCCGAAUCCAAGGCAUCGAUGAACAAAAAUCCGCCGCAGCCCGUAAAGCCCAAGCCUGGUGCCACUCCACCUGUCAAGAAUUCCACGGGGGGCGCAACGCCACCAGCUAAGAAUAUAUCGCCAGACAAGAAGCAAUUGAAGCCAGAGCCUGCUGCUAAAGGUGAAACUCCCAAUUCUGUGCCCGGGGCAACCCCUGCCCCUGGCGCCAAGAAUCCCAGGGGCGCAGAAACGCCGCGUUCUAAAAAUAGAUCUCUAGAUGAAAAGCACUUGAAGUCCCACCCUGCUAGUAAAGGAGGAUUUCCCGUUUCUAAGCCCGGCGAAAAUCACGCGCCAGCCGCCAAGGAAGCACCACCGGAUCCAGUUUCUAGUGGUGUCUCUCGUAUUUUACCUCAGAAGCCGCGUUUCUUUAAACGCAGGCCUACGCCUAAUAGAAAGCCAGAUACGAAGCCAACUGAGGAUACUCAGAAGCCAAGAGAACCCGAGUUUUAGCCUGCAUUCCGUUACCAAAUUCUUUUUGGCCAUCUUUCGUUGUUUUACUUUGUGAAAUAAUUAAUUAAACGGAAGCAAUCGUUUUGAAAACAAUGUAUUUUCAUGUAUUACCUAUUGAUAUAAUAAAAAUUUUCUCAUAUGCUA